AUGGUCGGCCCUGUGACUUACGAUGGCUUUGUUGACUAUAUGCGAUCGGUCGGCAAGGCAAAACACAAAAGGGUCGAUCGAGUUCUUUUCCAUGAUCCUCCACCCGACUACUGGACUGGUGCUCGACUAUAUCGACUUCAGGAAACGGUUCGGUACGUCAUCCUCGGACCAUGGGACUGGCGCGCAAUAGAACGAAUCUUGAUGAUCCAUAUUUUUACCGAUGACUGGCUGGACUCACUAAAUUGGGACGAGCAUCCUCUUCCUUCUAUCCUGGAGGAUGUUUGGGAUUACCAAUGGCACGACGAUCCCGAAGAUGGCCUUGGCUGGACUAGAUCGCUCCAGAGCUAUAUGGCUCGACACGGUCAUCCGGUUGACCAAUGGGAUGUCCCGAUCCGCGAAGGCGAUCCGAUCUCCGUGGUUCAAAUAGACGCCGCGGCGCGGUCAUUCGUUCACCAAUGGAUCGCUGGGUCUCGCCUCUUCACCGAGGAUCAAGAUACGACCGGUUCCUUUACUCCAAGUCGAGCCAUGUCUCCCGUCUCCUCCAGAUCGAAUAGUCCUGAGCCUUCAGAGAUGGACUUCAAAUCUCUGACCAAGCUGGGAAUCGAAGAAGCGGCUCUUCUUCCUCCAAACGGAGUCGAUCCCGACUCCAAUCCCGAGUUCUUAGGUGACGGAACUUUGUAUAAGGCCGAACUUCGCUGCGCAAAAUGCCUUAAGAGCCGAGGAAAAACCACAAUCCCGUGCUUCGUCCGGGAUGGACUGACUGCAUGUGCCGAAUGCAACCGCAAAAGAGUCGGUUGCAGCUUCGUUAAGGACCACCCGACUGCUAGUCGAUCGAGGACUAGAAAGAAUCUACCCAGAAGAAUCUCUCCUGAGAUCGGCUUGCCCGGGGACGAAGAGUUCGAGGAAUGGAGUGGGCUGGAAGAGGAACGAUCCGUCCAAGUCGAUCGAUCUUCCUCCGAGGAGAUUGAUGAAGACGUCAGAAUGACUGACGAAGAAUCGGACGAGAUCGAGGACAGUGAAGACAGCGAAGGGGAAGACGAAGAAGAAAAGGAGGAGGAGGAUGAAGAGGUCGAGGAGGAGGAGGACGAGGUCACCUGA